GUUGCUGUAACUUAAGGAGGAGACAGAAGCAGCUUCUCUGAGUCCAGCUUCACCUCUCCUGUGCUUCAGACCAACAAACAUUAACUUUCUGAUGCAUGUUGGAUUUUUUUUCCACAUACUUGGGUUAGACAGAUUCAUUUUUUUUUUGACAGGGUAGUGGGCGAUAUCGACCAAUCAGAACAAGAAUCUAGUUGUCUGGCUUGGUGUUGCCCGGCUGUAGGUUAUCUCAGAGUCAGGAUUUGGCCACCGUUCAAGGUUGAUGUGAGUCAUAUCUGGCACCGGAGGGCAAUCUGUUCUAAACCGUCACAUUCCCGUGCAAUUUUCAGCCGAUAACAAAUCCUCUGCUCAGACGUACAAACGUAAUUAUUGCGAUUAUGUUGUUAAUAUCUGGGCAGUUCUGUAAUGUAGAUGCAGUGUAGAUUUUCUGAGCAUGGACAGGGGCGUGAGAAGGUGAGAAGCUGGCCUCGUAAUUGGUCAGGUGUGGCACACUGAGGUUCCUCGAACGGAUUUCCACACGUUUUCCUCUCUCUGUGUGUGUGUGCAGCAGGGUGUAACUGUCCGGAUUAAAAGACGAUGACUAGUUCCCGACUGUUUUUGUGUUGUUCUGGGUUUGAAUGGCUCAGGGUGCAGCUUUCACAGUCUGAGCCCUUCAUGUCUGAGCCUGUCCUCACAUCCAAGUGUAAAAAACCUAACCUACCUGGGAGAGGAGGAAACACACACUCCUCACAGUCCUCACCUCUUUUCAGCUUUAGUCUCCAACGCUCACAUUUGUAGAUCACUUAGUGCUUGAUGAAGGUUUUUUUGAAUGACAAAAGUAGGAAAAGUCAGCAAUAAUUUUCCGGAUCCUGUCUGUAGCUGCGAACAUCCCAAGGAUCUGCAGGAUUUUUCAUUACAAUUUGUGUGUUCAGGACUCGGGCGGGUGUCUCCGUGAGCACAUGCGCUGUAUGAUGCGCUCCCUGCAGGACCUGAAACAGCUACACCGGACCUGCGCGAUGCCGUCCUCCUCCACCUCCUCCGGCCCCUGCAAGAUCCUGAUUGGUCGGCGUGAGCGGCGCGCACGUCUCCGAAUCAGCGACGCCAGCGACUCCAGCAUCUCCGACUCGGCCUGCAGGCUGUCCUGCCCCGUGGAGGACGAGGACAGCAGUGCGGCCAGCAGCCUCGAAUUUGACUCGGGCUACUCGGAGGCGUCGUGGCCUGACGAGGGCCCCGUGGUGCUGCGACGAUUCAGGAAGGUACGUGCGGCGUCGAGUGAUCUCGAUCUAGAGCCGAGUCCCCGUCCCAGAGCGCGUCCCAAAUCCACGUCGGACGCCUGCCUGGAAAAGUGGACUUCGUUCGAGGUGCCGAGCGAACCGGAGGACUGGACGGCGGCGCUGCUGACUCAAGGGCGCAACCGCCAUCCGCUUGUUCUCGGCGAUAACAGCUUUGCCGACCUCAUUCAGAACUGGAUGGAUUUGCCAGAGUGCCCUUCGGAACCCACAGAACCGAAGCCUAGCACAAGCAAACGGCUAGCAAAGGACUUUCUGGGCAACGUAAGGCGGAGGAUAGCACAGAUUUCACAGAACAUAGACGGACAGAAAAGACUCGUGUCGGACUUGACGCGGUCGAACAGAGCCGCCAUGGCACCCAAACGUCUCUCGUGUCCCGUUGACGUUCCCCGGAACGUUCCGUUUUUCCACAAAUCUCACCUGGACCUCCAGGAACUCGAUACAGACUUUUUCCGUUUCACUGCGCUCAUGAAGACGGGCAGCCGCCAGCCAAUCAUCUGUAACGACGUCAUCGGGUACAUAUGAGUGAGCGAGCGGCUUCUUUUGACUGAACGGACUCUGAUCUUGACAGACACGUCGCUUUUAUGCCAAACAGUUGUAUUAUUGUUGCCAUGUUGCUAAUGGUUACAUUCAUAAUAAUGUUUAAACUAUAAUAAUAAUAUUAUUAAUAAAAAUGUUUUAUGUAAA